AGCCGCGUGGACUUUGGGGCGAGCCGCUCAAACCUUUUGGCAGGCCUUCAUUUCGUUUCGUGGGAUCUUUUUUUUUUUUUUGCUGCUGCUGCCGGGGCUGACAAGUCCACCAACAAGCCGAGAAGACGCUGCUGCCUCUUUUUCUUUUCUUGUUUCAUGGAGUCUGUGUGGAAAUCAUUUGUUGUCAUCACAGCAGCGAGAUCUGGAGCCGUAUCAGUACGCCAUUGUAACAAAGUUACUACAUGAUGAGCAGCCAGUCGAUGCAGACCCUCAUUGACCCAGUGUUUCAAAGCAAGAUGCCAUUAUUGGAUGGAACCGUAGCGGCCCCAGGACUGUCAAGGCCACAGAAUAUGUCUGGUUUCCUGGAUAAGCAGACAUUGCAGUACAGUGGGGCCUAUUUUACUUACGAACCCAGAGGAAAGGACGGAGCAGGAUUCACUCCUCCUUGGAGCCACUCAAAGACCUCUCUGCUGGAUGGCAGGAGUCCUGUGAGUCACCUCUCUGGCAUGGAGGGACAAAACCGCAUGAUUUACAGGCAAGACAGCAUUUCUUCAGAAGAAGGCAGUUCUAAUUCGUCCUCUUUAUGUCAUGCACCAGUACAGCAGAGCUUUACCAUAUACUCUAAAAGUCCUGGGGUCAGCAGUCCUACAGUUGGUACAUCAGUGGCUGUUAAAAAACACAAACCUGGAGGAGAGAAUUCAUCUCCACCAUCUGAAAACCCAGUUUACUUAGCGAUUCCUAAGCCAGUUUACAGACAUAACCCCUGCUGUAAUGAACUGGGCUGUGUGAUAGGACAACGAUACAGUGUGGAGCACGGCUCUCCGAGGAUACCAAACACUGUAUAUGACCAUGACUGGAUGCAAACUGAUGCUCACUACACUGAAAGACCGCCUAUUCAGAGGAAGGCGCAAGACACACUGCUACAACAGCAAGGUUUACAGUUUGAGCCCAGUGCAGGACCACUGAAGAGGAUGACCGCAGAGACAUACAGCCCAAGUACAGCAAGGACAUUGCCUGCUAUGAUUGACCCAAACUACAGCAGUUACCCCUGCACCCCAACUCGCACACUGUUUGGUUCUUUAAGUGAGCAGAGCCAGCGGUUACAGACUUCCCCCAGAGGCUACCCUAGCCUAUACCCCUCCCAUCCUACAUAUGAGCAUAUGACCUCAGAGGUUUAUCAGGAACGCUCUCCCAUGUCCAAAUAUGGCCAGCUAACACAGCACCCAAUGUUUUACUACCCCCAGGCAAAUGAGGAGGUACAAAACAGCACACGGUGUAAAAAAACUGGCAAUAAGCAGAGAGAAGAUGUCCCUGUUAUUCUUAAACACACAAUCUCAGCCCCCCGGGAGCAUUACAUAGUGCCUCAGUCGCUUCAUGGUGAGAUUCCUUUCACCUAUCCUAGCACUGAAACGUUGCCAAAUCAUUCCUUUCUGCAGGGUUUUGACUAUCCAUAUUAUGCAGUGCCUAGAUUUCAUUUAAAUGCAAGCCAACUCAGAGCGCCCCUAAAAAGGCAACAUGCAUUGCCUAGUUUUCAGACUAAUAGCAUAAAUGUUUCCCCAUCCAGCCAACACAUGGAUCACCCCUUGGCCUCUGCAACCAGUCUACAUAAGGACAAACCCAACACCAGCCUGCAUGCUGACCAAUCACAACCUUCCUCACCAUUCCUACGUGUAGACCAAACCAGUCCUGCCAGAUGUAUAAGCCAAUCUGGCGUCUCACCACCCAGCAUCCCAAUAAACAGAUUUUUUCCCCCACUCUCCAGCCUCCAUGUAGACCCACACAUCCUUCCACCAGUUGGUUUGAACAUGAGCAGACUCAUGGACUAUUCCUCCUGUGAAGCCCAGGUCACGUGCCCGAAACAGCCAAAAGGCCUUCCUGUUUCCCCAGCGGCAUGGCUGCCCCGGUCGCCCAGUCACAAUUCAGAUCGCAUGCACACAGCUGUAGCUAAUAGUGCAAAUGUCAGAAAAAUUAUUUAUUCCCCCGCAGAUGCAACAGGAAAUAAGUACAAUGGCCCUACAUCUAGUUCAGGCAUUGCUGUUCUUAAACGGUGCCUGAAGAGAAGUGUUUCUCACUCAUCUCCACCCAUCAAAGUAAAAGAAGAGGGAGAGGAUCUAUGUGAAGUCGAACUCAUUAAGAAACGACAAAAGGUGGAAAUGGAUGAUGUCCAAGUAGGAAAUAAAACUGACUCUCCUCCUAUGCCAGUCAUUGACAAUGUCUUCAGUCUGGCACCAUACCAAGCAUACCUGCAGGCCCCUGGAGUGUUAUUUCCGGGCAGAGUAGCUCAGAGAACCAUCCAGUCCUCUGCGCACCGUGAAGUCAAAACCAAUCCAGACAUCAAAGAGAAAAGGCCAGAUCAAGAUGAACAGCAGCUUGAUGUCUGUGUAGUUCCCAAAGAAAUCUGUCCAGAUACUCCAACUGAGAUACCUGUUGCAGAAAUCUUUGAACCCAAAAAUAUUAAAGUGGAAAAAGAAGAUCCGUCAGAGACAGACAACACUGUAGCGUCUCUUGUUAGUCAGAAGGACUGCAGCAAAGUCACAAUCAAAAAAGAGCCUGAAGAGACUGGUUCAUCUGACAGUGGGCCCAUGUUGGUGAUAAAGAAAUGUGAACCUGAUGAGCUUGAAAGUAAAUCCUCAUUAGCAGAUGAAAAGGAGGCUUCACAUGAGCGCAAACCUGUAGAGUUGACUGCACAGACGAACUCGUCUUCUCAGGGUGAUGCAUGUGCGCUGCAUAAGCAGGUGGCCAGCCUUCAAUCCAAAUCCAUGACUCCACCUCAGCCAUCUGAGAGCAAGCUAAAUUUCAAAAACAUUCCUCCCCAUUGUUUAAAACUUUCCACCUACAAAAUUCUUCUCCCUGAUACGAAGCAUUCCAGCCCCGUUCCACCCCCAGAGAAGCCACCUGCACAGCCAGUGUCUGACUUCAUACCAAAAUUAGAGCUCCAAAUGCCUGUCCGCAAGCACUUCUUUGAGCUGCACCAUUGCCUCUGCAAGCUAUUAUCCAAAUCUGUGUCAGCCUCUUCAGAGCAGGAGCUCAGAACCUGGUUGUCUCAGUUGGAACUGACCGAACCUGUAUCCCCAUUAACCAAAGUCCAGAAAGUGUCCUGUUUGUUGGGGGUAAAAACCAGAGAGGUGUGGCUCAAUGAGGAGAUGAAGUCAGCACUCCAUGAGGUCCUCGAGAGGUUGAAAGAGUACACCACCCAGGAACGCUGUCCUUUUCCACAUGUCAUGCGAACGGGGGCAGUGUUCAUCCCCAUGCUGGUGAUGAAGGAGCUGCUGUUUCCCAUGGUCCAGGGCAGCUUCAUAGACCAGGUCCUGCAGGAGCACAAAGUGGAGCUGCGGCCCACUACGCUCUCCGAAGAGAAGAUCCUCAUCCAGCUACAUAAACGAGCCUGCUCCUCGCGGCUCAGGAGACUGAUGUCCCUCAAACACCUUCCUGACAUCUAUGCUGACGUGGUCAACCUUUUGCAUUACACCUGUGUCUGCAAACAUCUGGAAUCAACUUCACCUGAUGUCCAAAAGAGAGUCCAGGAUUAGAUAUGGAUCGCCCUGCAAACAGAGAAAAAGACGACAGUAGUGAGGACACUCCUGUAUUUUCAGACAUCUCUGCCUCACCAGUCUCACCCCCAGAGUCACACCCACAGAGACACCCCAAGGACCAGGAAAC